AUGGGUAAAAGAUUCAGUGAAUCUGCUGCUAAGAAAGCUGCUGGUAACCAGCGCAAGAAAGAACAGGCGCAAGCCAAGGAUAGAGCACACAGAGAGGUGUUGGAAGCAGAGGAAGCUUCAAAAUGGGACCAAGGCUCUAGAAAGGAUAACCCUAAAAAAUUGUUGGAAGAACAGAAGAAACAGGAGAAGCUUCAGGCCAAGAAGGAACGUGAAGCGCUUCUCGCAGCCGAAGAAUCGGCUCUUGGGAAGGGCGGAAAGGGCAAAUGA